AUGCACUUUAAGCUAUGCACUUUACGCUGGGCACUAGACCUGGCCGGUCUACAGAGCCUUUAUUUCACUUCUACAAGCUCUAUCAGCUUCGAUCCGUUCAUCAAAUACGAUGUUCAUUAUCGGAACCAGCUCACGCUGUGCGCUAAACCCGAAAUCUGGCACCCCCCCAUCAACUCAACCUGGCAAAUCAUCCUCCCCACCCCCCUAACCCCCCGCGCCAUCACGCCCACCUACCAAAUCUACGACAUCGACCUCUUCAUCAACGACGAACCCAUAAUCACCACCCUCCACAAAUCCUCCCACAAAGUAAUCUGCUACUUCUCCGCCGGCAGCUACGAACCCCACCGCCCCGACAGCGCCCACUUCCACGCCUCCGACAAAGGCAACGCGCUCCCGGGCUGGGACACCGAGCGCUGGCUCGACACCCGGUCCCCCAACGUCCGCAGUAUCAUGCAAGCCCGCCUGGACCGCGCCGCGGCACUGGGCUGCGACGGCGUCGACCCGGAUAACGUGGACGCGUUCGGGACCGACAACGGAUUGGAUUUAUCGAGGGAGGACGCGGUGGACUAUGUGCGGUUUUUGGCUGCCGAGGCGCAUAUGAGGGGUUUAGCGCUGGGGUUGAAGAAUGCGAAUGCGAUUGUUGAGAGGGUGGUGGAUGUGGUGCAGUGGGCGGUUAAUGAGGAGUGUGCGUCGUUGAGGGAGUGUGGGGAUUUGGGGACGUUGGGGAGGGCGGGGAAGCCGGUUUUUCAUAUUGAGUAUCCGAAGGGGGAGGGGGUUAGUGAUGGGGGUUUUGUGGGGGAGGAGGAGAGGAUGACGGCUUGUGUGUUUGAGGGGUCGGGGGGGUUUUCGACGGUGUUGAAGAAUUGGAAUCUGGAUGAGUGGAUUCAGGGGUGUUGA